AUGACCUUACCAACGGGUGGACCUGGUCUUUUCGAUAUCCAAGAGGAUGUCAGAGACAUCGAGCAUCCCGUCUUCCACGUUAAAUACCGGACGAACUCUUCUGGAACGCUCGAGUCUUUUGAAGACAGUGCACCAGAAAGACUUCCAGUGAUCAAGAUUCUUGGAACUGGUGGCACAAUUGCCAGCAAGGGCUCCACGGCAUAUCAGACAGCUGGAUAUCAUGUGGACUUGACCAUCGAGCAUCUCAUUUCUAGCAUUCCAGAUCUUUCCCACACAUGUGAGUUGCAUUUUGAGCAGGUUUUCAACCUCGACUCGAAAGAGAUCACAACAAAGGAGCUUUUGACACUUAAGGCCAGAACUCAAGACGCCCUCGACAAUCAUGACGGUGUGGUUAUCACACAUGGAACUGACUCAUGUGAAGAGACGUCAUUCUUUCUAGAUGCUACAUUAGACUUUCAAGACAAGCCUGUGGUGAUCUGUGGGUCUAUGAGACCUUCCACUUCAGUUUCCGCUGACGGCCCCUCUAAUUUAUACCAGGCUUGUGUCGUUGCUGCUGAUAAGCAAAGUAAAGGAAGAGGUGUCUUGGUCACUUUGAAUGAUAAAAUUGGUUCUGGUUACUAUAUCACCAAGAGCGAUGCUAACUCGCUAGACUCCUUCAAGUCCUUGGGACACGGCUACUUGGGCAACUUUGUCAACAAUGAAGUUCACUACUACUAUCCUAGUGCUCUUCCCACUGGAAGAAUUUCCUUCAAAACCUCGAUUUUCGAAGAAACGAUGCCUGAGGUCAUCAUAUUGUACGCUCAUCAAAGCUUCAACAAUGAAUUGAUCAAUAUGGCUGUCGAUAGAAUGAAGGUUGCCGGCAUUGUUAUGGCUACUAUGGGAGCUGGCUCUCUUCCCGAUAGGACGAAUACCCAAUUAGGAGAAUUGUCGGCACUUCACGGAAUUCCGAUUAUCUACUCCAAAAGAUCAAUGGAUGGUAUGGUUCCUCGGGGAUCCAUGCCCAAGAACAACAACACUUAUUUGAUUGCCGGGGGUUAUCUCAACCCACAGAAGAGCAGAAUUCUUCUUCAACUCUGUCUCAACGCUGGCAUGGAUAUCAAGCGUAUUCGCAAGGUGUUUGCCGGUGUUUACGGUGGUUAA